UUGGACUUGGAACUCGUAGCUUUGUGUAGAGCGUCAGUUGUUCCCUCCACGCUUUCAGUGUGAUGGCCGUUGUUGGAAGACUCGUUGCCUGUGGCACCGCCCUGGACUGGACGCGCGUAGAAUUCCAGGAGGCGCUUCCAAAUAACCUAACAUGCAACCUUUGCGGGGUUAUUUCCAUGAGAUGCAUGCGCUUGUCUUGCGACCACCAGUUCUGCAAGAGCUGCUACGGCCAGAUCGUGAGCGAACAACGUCCCAGAUGUCCUUUCGAUCGGAAGGACUUCCAGAGCCAUCCGGUAAGGUGUGAGCAACUAGACAUAUCCCGACUCGACUACUGUAAAGUGCGUUGCCUGAACGCGAACCGCGGCUGCGAGUUUGUGGGUACUUUCAAAAGCCUGCAGCAACACGUCGAUCAAGACUGUCGGUACCACGUAGUAAACUGCACAAGAUGCGGACAAGAAGUGAUCCAGGGAAAGUUCCUGGCUCAUUUCUCGGGCAAGUGCCAAGCUUCACUUGAGGUACCGAGCCGGGCUAGCGCAGCUGCCGCUCUACAAGAAGUGCGGAGGACAAGGAACCUCGUUGAAAGUGCCGUGGACGCUCUCGCCCAAGCAACACGCGAAACGGACGACAGCAUCAACUCUGUCCUCGCGUGCAGUAGGGCGUACGUCCAGGUCGUAAAAGAUCUCCAGGGAUUUCUAGGAAACUGUGUGCCCCAGAUCAAGCAGACGGAACGCGAGAUCUUGCAGAGCGUCGGUGACUGUGCCGCGUUCGUGCUCAAAGCCGACGGCGUGGACCGCGCGCGCUGCCCCCUCCGAUGCUUCAGCGCCAAGCUGAGGAGUCGGUCCCAGUACCUGAGUGACAGCUUCAAGGUCGGCGGGUAUUCACUCCAGAUCAGCCAACACUUCAGCUGGGGCAUCAGUGAAUCCCUAACCUGGAUGUACUUGUCCCUGAUCGUUUCGAAGAGCAGCAGCGACAGGAACUUGGUGUGGCCUCUUCGAAAAACCUUCUGCAUUGUCCUGGAGCACCCCGAGGACUCUUCGCAAAACGCGAAACAUGCGGUGAUGCCGACUGAGGUGGAAGACGCUGAUGCCCACUUCGAGAACCUACGCACCAACGGCGCCAAACCACCGACUAACCGCGACAUGUGCUUUAAGGUAUCUCGGCUUAGAGACGAGGGCUUCAUUCUUGACGACGCUCUGCGCGUAACGGUUGAAGCUGAAGGCUGAAAUGUUACUUGCACUUACAACUUUACCGAGCAUCGAGCCCCAGUAUUUCUUUAUUAUUAUUAUUAUAGAUUUUUUGGUAUGAUGCUUUCGCUUUGUACAACAUUCAAGAACUUCUUCGAUUCUGUACAACCGAUCACAUUUUGAUUACAUUGCUUGUAUUUCCAUCUUGCAUAAGAACGGAAUCUUAUCUUAAUAUACGCCACACUAAUAUGUUGCACGCUAAUGAUCUUUUUUAACUUUUAUUGUUACGCUUGAUUGUGAAAGGUGCUUUGUUCCACCAACCCGCUAAAAAGAUUGCAACACGACAAGUUGCCUAGCCGCAUGCUUUAUGUUCAGGAAUAAAAUAAAUGUAUUUUUUAAACCAA